AUGAUUUCUCUUCUGGCCCCGCGAGGCCUUCGACCAGCUUGGAUUGGUAUCACUGCGAUUGCAGCAGCAGCAAUACUCACUUUAUUCUUUUUAUACUCGCCCCGGCUUCAGACCACUACCUCGAGAGUAGUAGUGCCUGACCCUGCAAACCAUAUUGUGACUGACCCAAGCUAUGUGGACAAUAAUACCACAACGAAAAAUGUCAGCCCCGUCGUUUCUGACGCCAGUUUGACCAACCGCCUUGCGCAAUAUUUUAUUGACUAUCCACUCCAUCCACCAUAUAAGGAGCACUUUGGCGAACUAGGCCAACGAAGUCAAGUCCUGCGCGACUGGCUGACACUAGCGGACCACUCCCCAGAGUCCACAGGCAAGAAUUUGUUGUUGAAUGCUACGGAGAGAGUAGCUGUCUCUUUGUAUCCGUUCCUCGAAAAGCCCAAAGGGCAAAAUGCCACUGAUAAACCCGUAUCGGAUCUCCGGGCGUCUUUCGAACCAGGGUCGGCAGGUGUGGUCAUCCCAACCAGCAACAAUACUCUCCGCUUCGCGGCCCACCUCGUUGGUACUAUGCGCUCGGUUCUAAAUUCGACGCUACCGAUCCAAAUCGUCUAUGCCGGUGAUGAGGAUCUCAGCCCGGAUGACAGGACUCGUUUAUCAAGAAUUGUGGAAUCGGGCCCUCCCCUCGAGUUUCUUGACAUCCUCACCGUUUUCGAUGACUCAACCCUCCAGCUGCAGACGGGUGGUUGGGCCAUUAAGGCCUUUGCGGCCUUGGGCUCACAUUUCGAACGAGUGAUCCUAGCCGAUGCCGACGCCGUGUUUUUUCAACCUCCUGAGGUUCUGCUCGACCAUGAGGCAUUUGUUCGAACUGGAGCGCUAUUGUUCCACGACCGACUUCUCUGGAAAAAUGUAUUUCCAGAGCGCAACGAGUGGUACAGGAGUCAAAUCCGACAACCAAGCGCGGCGUUGGACAAGUCACUUGUUUGGACGGAGGACUAUGCCGAAGAAGGUGACUCUGGUCUAGUCGUCCUUGACAAGAGCCGAACAGAUAUACUCGUUGCACUGUUCCACAUAUGCUGGCAGAACUCGUAUGAUGUACGCGAGGAGGUUACAUAUAAGAUAACAUAUGGAGAUAAGGAGACGUGGUGGCUCGGUCUUGAGCUGACAGGUGCUACUUACGAGUUCUCGGGGCAUUACGGUGGGAUUGUUGGCUGGGAGCAGGUGGAUAGUAGGGGCAGGCACAAGCCCGAAUAG